UCUGAUCUUCACUCACUGCUGGAAUUUACUGACAAACUUGGCAGAAGCUGAAAAGUUGGAGAUUUUUAUAGAAAGGCUGCAUCAUCAGCUUCUGUCACAAUGAGAUUUGUGGCCUUCGGCCUCUUCUGUCUGUUCUGCUGCAAUGCUCUUCAGCAAGGCAGGCGGCGUCUCCGACCUCUCACAGCCAGAGUAAGGAAUGAGUCCACUGAGCAAACCAAAGCUGUGGAGAACCUAUGCAAAGGCAUCCCACUGGAUUUCGUCUUUGUCAUUGACAGCUCCCGAAGCAUCCGUCCCAGCGACUACGACAAGGUCAAGAUCUUCAUCGUCAACUUGCUUCAGUUCCUUGAAGUCAGCCCUGAAGCUACUCGGGUGGGUCUGCUCCAGUAUGGUAGCGUUGUCCAAAGCGAGUUCUCUCUCAACACCUACAACACCAAAGCUGAUGUGGUGCAGGCAGUGAGGAACAUGAAGCACCUGGCCACAGGAACCAUGACAGGUCUGGCCAUCCAGUACACCAUGGAGACAGCCUUCACCGAGGCAGAGGGAGCACGGCCGGCGAAGCUGCACAUCCCACGAAUUGCUAUGGUGGUGACAGAUGGGCGGCCUCAGGACUCAGUGGAAGAGGUUGCAGCCCAGGCCAAGCAGGCUGGGAUCCAGAUCUUUGCAAUUGGAGUGGGCCAAGUGGACAUGAACACCCUGAAGACUAUAGGGAGUGAGCCACACUCUGAGCAUGUCCACCUGGUGGCCAACUUCAGCCAGAUAGAGAGUCUCAUCUCUGUGUUUCAGUCCAACUUGUGUGAAGGUUCAGACAUGUGCGAGGUGGUGGACCACCAGUGCCAGCACAUCUGUGUGAGCACACCGGCCUCUUACAGGUGUAAGUGUAGGAAAGGAUUUACCCUCAACCAUGAUGCCAGGACAUGUCAAGAACCAGAUUACUGUGACCUGGGAAACCACAGCUGUGAGCACGACUGUGUCACCACGCCAGAUUCUUUCUUCUGCCGCUGUAGGACGGGAUACUUUCUCAACUUGGAUGCUAAGACCUGCAGCCAAAUUGACUUCUGCGCUGACCGGAAACAUGGCUGUGAACAAGAGUUUACGAGUACAGAAGACGCGUGUGUGUGCAAAUGCAGAAAAGGCUACAAACUACGAGCUGACGGGAAAACGUGUCAAAGUGUGGAUCUGUGCCAGACGGCGGAGCAUGGUUGUGAGCACCAGUGUGUCAGCGCCACGGACUCCUACGCCUGUUCGUGUUUUGAAGGAUUCCUGCUCGCUGAGGACGGCAAUAGCUGCAAAAGAUCAGACUGUGCGGACGGCGUCCUGGAUCUGGUUUUUGUGAUUGAUGGCUCUAAAAGUUUGGGCCCUGCCAACUUUGAGCUGGUCAAACAAUUUGUAAAUGGCAUUGUGGACUCGCUGGAUAUUUCCAGUAAGGGCACACACGUUGGUCUUCUUCAGUACUCCACCAAAGUCCGCACAGAGUUCACCCUGGGCCAGUAUACCACGGUUCAGGACGUCAAACAGGCUGUGGCCCGGGUGGAGUAUAUGGGACGAGGUUCCAUGACCGGUUCAGCCUUACGUCACAUGUUUGAGUCCAGUUUUUCAGCCAAAGAAGGCAGCAGAGCAACAACCCCACAUGUCUGCAUCGUGUUCACUGAUGGACGAUCACAGGAUGACGUCUCUGAAUGGGCGACCAAGGCAAAGAACGCCGGAGUCCUGAUCUAUGCUGUGGGUGUCGGCAAAGCCAUUGAAGGGGAGCUGAGAGAAAUAGCAUCAGAGCCCGAUGACAAACACUUGUUUUACGCUGAAGACUUUGAGGAAAUGGGAGAAAUUGCAAACAAGCUAAAGUCAAAGAUUUGUAAAGACAAACCAUCUGAUGAAGAAAGGUGUCACUGUAAGAACAUGUUAGUGUUCCAAAAGCAGAUCACUGAGAAGCUGAAGAACCUGGCACACAAUAUUGAAGCUGUGUCAAACAAACUGGAAACACUUGAGAUCCAAGUUAUACAUAAAUGAAAAGCUGAUGGUUUCUCCAGCGCGCAACAAAUCCCUGCUCAGUACCACUCAAACAGGAUUAAUGCUCAUCUUAUUUAUAUACUUUUAUAUGCAGCACCACAUAAUUUUGUAUGACACACUCUUUGUUAUGUCACAGUCAUAACUUGUGGAGCAUAUUGACAAAUAAAUGUUUUAACCUUCA